AUGUAUAAAUACGUGUUGAUUUUCAUAAUAAAACGAUCUGUUGCCUGGCCCUUGUCUUCUGUUGUUACAUUUGGUGUCGCUGCCUACCGACAAAUGGAAAGCCUAUGCCCUGCUGUUUUCGAUGGAGACAUAUGGAUCUUCGGGCAGGACUUCAAGGCUUCUGCGCAGUUGAGUGGCGUUCAAGAUCUGUCAGCGAUGGAGCUGCUACUUGGGACGCUGCUGGGAGGUCGGGUGAAAGCAGCAUAUGAAAGUGUGAGCCGAAGUAUGGACGAAUGUUCGACAGGGUCAGGCAAACAGUUUCCAAAGUGGGAAGGACCAUAUAUGGUCACUUCGAGAUGGGGUUACGCAGACACAGUCGCAAUGGCGAACAAUAAGAGGCGCGUGAACGUCAGCGAGCUCCAGAAAUGGAUACAGCGAGACAAGCCAACGAUGACGCCUGCACCAAGUAGAUCAAGCCGACUUCAGUCGCACGUAUUUGACGGGGGGACGAGUGUGGUGAGAGCAGGCUGCUAGCCGAUUGGUUGGCACUAAUCUACGUUAAGGUCUAGGUCACUAAUGUGGGCCGUGAGAAGAUGUGAACAAGGCUGAGUAAACAACCAAUCAGAAGCCUGCGUUUGUCUACCUAAACAACCAAUCAGAUGACUGCGCUUGUCUAUAAUAAUGUAGUUGAAAGAUGUAUAAAUACGUGUUGAUUUUCAUAAUAAAACGAUCUGUUGCCUGGCCCUUGUCUUCUGUUGUUAC